CUCCGCAACACCUCCCCCAUGAACAACACCCUCACUAUCACCAACCACAUUAAACCCCCACACCAACCAUGAACAAAAUAACAGGAGCUCUCAUCGACGAAGCAACCCACAUCCGGGCCAUCGCCAAAGAUGUCGUCCUCUCCGGGACAUAUUUCUACCCAAUUAAGGGAAUAAUCUACACCCUCAACCGCCCCACCCUCCGCCAACCUCUCCUCUCACGGUCUUCCAAAACCCUCACUCUGGGCGUAGGCGUCACCACAGCCAUGUUCUUCUUCACCUACGUCCCUCAAGCAGCGAUUAUGUCCAUUACCAGUGGACCUUUACUGGCUCCCUUCUCCGCGGCAUUACUCGUCCUCAGCGAAUCCUCCACCAUAACCACCUUCCUCGCAAGGUCGUUCCUCCUCGCGGAUGCUAUCACCGCUACGUUUGAUGCGACGUUGGUGGAAAUGGGCCAGGAGAAGCUACUUGAACAGUCUGGGAAGAGAGGCGGUGGUGAUGAUGCUAUCUCCCGCUUCGGGGGUAAAGAGGAAGUCGAGGAAAGACAAACGAAUAUGUGGAAUAUGUUGGUGAGGAGUGUGGUGUUGCUACCGCUGAACUUUGUGCCUGUAGUGGGCACGAUCAUGUAUGUUUAUGUGCAGGGGAAGAAGGUCGGUGAGGGGGUGCAUGAGCGGUGGUUUGGGUUGAAGGGGUGGAAGAAGGCGGAGAGGAGUAGGUGGGUGGGGAGGUGGAGGGGGAAGUAUACUGGGUUCGGAAUGGCCGCGUUCGCGCUGGAAAUGGUCCCGUUUGUGUCGAUUGUGUUUGCGUUUACGAAUACGGUUGGGGCGGCGUUGUGGGCGGCGGAUUGGGAGAGGGAGUUGCAGUAGGUUCAUGUUGUAAAGGGGAUAGGAUGUGGGUGUUUUUUCUUUGGGGGGGGCGGGGUUGACUGGAAGGCGAAAAGUUUAGUAUGAUAUUUCUAUGUUGUUGUAAUUAUUGUUUCAUGUACUAUGUGUGGUAUAAGGGGACUUAAGUGUAUAAUUAGUGUGACUCCAUAUUGGUCAGAUGCCGGUUGUUAUGGUACUAAGUAUAUAAUUUAUAUUCGGUUGC